CCGGAUAAGAAAGCCGUAAAAGCCUCCAUGAGAAACAUUGCAUAGGAAUUUAGGGAGCAAACAUGUACAAAAUAUUGUUCGAUUUAAUAAAACAAAAUUAACUCAUAGAAUUUAAUUACAUGCAUACGCAUAUUAAAGAAAUUACACCGUUAUAAACCAUCUCCAUAACAGUUGGUAACGGUCAUUUUUUUUGCCAACCGCCAAUACACUCAAGAAGAAGAAGAAGAAAAACUCCUAUGGGAAGAAGACACUCAUCUUGACGGUAGUAGUUGAUCUUCUGAGAGCGAGAACCGAGUCGAUGUAAGUCUGCUUUUGACUCAAGUGGUAUGAUCAGCCCAGAUGCGUUAAAUAGAGUGAAAGCUCCCUGGUGAUUUUGUACCUUACCAUCUAUAAUGGAAAACUCCAGCGAGGACUAUAGGAUCCAGUCAUUUGACGUGGAUACACAGAAACUGCUAAAAACAGCCUUGAAAGAUCCAAGUUCUCUGGACCUGGAGAAGGUAUCCAACAUCAUUGUGGACCAGUCUUUAAAGGACCCAUUGUUCAGCAAGGAGGCUGCCCGUAUUUGCUACACAAUUGUGCAGGCUGAGGCCAAGCAAAACAAUGGAACCGUGUUUAGGAGUCACCUGCUGAACCGCCUGCAGCAGGAGUUCAAGGAGCGCGAGCAGAUGAGGAAACGCUCACUGCAGGAGUGGGUUGGCUACGUCACGUUCAUCUGCAACGUCUUUGACUACAUCAAAGUGAACAACAUGUCGAUGGUGGCCCUGGUUCUGCCUGUGUAUGAAUGUCUGAUGAGGCUGGCCGAACCAGAUGCUCUGCUGAACGAGGAAGAGGUGGAAUGCUUGGUGCUGCAGCUGCAUCGCAUAGGAGAGCAGUUGGAGGAGGUGAGCAGCCAGCGGAUGGACGAGCUGUUCUUCCUGCUGAGGGACGGCUUUCUCCUAGAGGAGGGCCUGACCUUCAUGGCUCGACUUCUGCUCCUGGAGAUCCUGGAGUUCAGGGCCGGCGGCUGGAUGCUCAGCAGCACCGCCCACAAGUAUUACUACAGUGAAAUCGCCGACUGAGAGAGGGGCGCUGAGCCGACAGAGAACUUCACGCACCUUGGACACUUAGCUUUAGUCACCACUGAUUAUAAUACCAGCAGCUUCAUGGCAGGAAACGGCGGUAAAGACUUUAAUUUUUGCUGCAUAGUUUCUUGCGUUUGAUCAAGGCCUAAAUGUGAUGGAUGUGGAAUGUGCAAUUGUCAAAGAUUGUAUUUAAGAUUUUUGCCACAUUCAUGCACACUUUGGCGUAAAUAAGUUUCUUUUACAGUUUGAAAAUCGAGAAGCUGAACAUUUUUAAACCCUUUUUGUAUUCCUGUUUUGUAGGAACAUUUUCUCUUAAGUUCACCAAAUUGUUUUAGUUGAAAAGAGACAUUCCAGUCAGAUUUAGUCAUUGCUUUACUUCUAUAUUGUUAUUAUUGUUGUUGUUGUAACGUAUUGAAUUCUUUGCAGAGAACUAAAGACAUUUCCUGUGUGAAAUGUAAAAGAAAAAAUAGAUUUUAGUUGCUGUUAAGAAGCAGGGUUCUUGUUGCUGUUUAAGAGGCUGGUUGUGUCACUUGAAGCACCGUCUUUAUUCAGGAAUCUGAUUUUUAUUUCUUGCUCCUGCUUUUCACGGCUUCAGUUGAAAAACCACAAUAUCGAAUUACAGUUUGGAAUUUUUUUAAGUAAAGAAAAGAUUUUGUGUUGAAGAAGUAGUGCCAACAUACCCUGAGCACGAUUCAGUAUGUAUUUUUUGUACAUCUUCCUAACAAGACCCAAGGGUUCUGACAAGUCAGGGAGGUCCAAAAAAACCAAAUAUCUCAUGUCUUGCUGUCAGAACCUAAGCUGUGGAAAGUCGGCACUUGUGGGCUGUAAAGGUAAAAUCCCUUUUAAAUCAGAGAUGCACCAAUCAGGCUUUUACAGGCCAGUACCGAUGUUUUCUCUGAGGUCUGACCUGCUGAUUUCUACUUUCUUGCUAAGAACUGUAACACCUAAAAACUCAUCAAUUUGUUUAUAUUCGGGAGUUUAUUGCCAGAAAUAUUGGCCUUGAAAGAAAAAGGUGCUGCACAAUUGGAACAGAAAAUGAAAAGAUUAAAACUCAAUUUGGUAUCAAAGCACAUGCAUGUAACCUUUAUCAGAUGUUAGUAUGUUCAAUAAAAAGUGAAUCAAUUUAAAAUGCAGUUUUGAGGCGUGUUGAUAGAACAAAUAGUUUAAGGUUCACCUUCGGGUCUUUGGAAAUCAUCUGGCUGAUAAUGCAUCUUUGAUCAGAGUGUCAGGACGUUUUACCAGCAGAACAUUGCUUUAAAACUGAAUAAGCUCAUUUUUCCUUGUUAAAUUACUAAACCCUUUCAGCACCGUUAAGCCUACCUCUGUGACGUUUGACCCGGUUAAGUAUCAAGCAGGAUGUAAAGACUUUGACCAAUUUAGAUUUAUUUUAAUAUGAAAAACAAGAAGAGUUUGAUUGAAAGUUCUGAACCGGCAUGUUUCUGAAAGUGGUUAAAGGAACUUAAAUGGGUUCAGGAAUAUAACACGCUGUAUUAACCUUAAGUGACUCCUUGUUCGUUUGAUAGUAAGCCAGCCUGAAUCUUAACAACUGAGUGAAAAUCAUUUAAACCCAUCUAUGGCAGCAGUUUGAUAUUUUACUACAAAGUGGCAAUACUUUUACAUUUCUCUGUUCUGGUUUUCUACUUUUGGGACACAUAUUAAAUGCAUUUGUUUUAAUAAAUCUGUUUUCUCAA